AUGUCACGCCUGCUAGGCAAAGCACGUAUGACCUUCUACCACGGCAAGAAUUCUAUAAGCAUACGGACCAAUGAUGGCAAGGACACCACAUUAGCAGCACUUUGCAAAGACGUGUUACCACCCUGUCGAUUGAACCCGUUUUUAUUUAAUGGUGACCUGCAGACCAUGUGGACCGUGUUGAAGUCGCAAGCCGUACCUAUCUACUACAAGAGACGACUCUUUGAGCAGCAAGAUCCAUGUUAUCCUGGAACCUUUGCUCUCGAUUUUGUGGUCAAGCCUUACGAAGGGAGUGACGAGAUCGGCCUUCCGAGAACAACUUAUUUUAGUGAAGAGGAGUUUAAAGGAAUAGCUUCAACCGACAGCAGACCUAUGCUCGUUGCUCUACAUGGCCUAAGUGGUGGGUCAUAUGAACUGUACCUCCGUCAUGUCCUCGCCCCACUAGUGACUGAGAAAGGCGGCUGGGAGGCUUGUGUCGUCAACGCUAGAGGAUGUGCUAACUCCAAGAUUACAACCCCCGUGCUCUUCAAUGCUCGAGCAACGUGGGACGUUCGACAGGCCGUCAAAUGGCUGCGAGAAACAUUCCCAAACCGUCCACUGUACGGCGUUGGCUUCUCGUUAGGAGCAAAUAUCCUGACGAACUAUCUCGGAGAGGAAGGCGCAGAUUGUCAGCUGACAGCAGCCGUAGCACUGUCCUGUCCAUGGUCUUUGGACGUUAGCAACCUAGCCCUGCAGAGCACGUGGUUAGGCAGAGAGGUAUAUUCCCGGGCGAUGGGUACCAACCUCAAGAGGCUGUAUCGUAUCCACAAGGACUCCAUCUUGAAGAACUCUGCUAUCGACCCAGCAGAAGUCGAAAGGGUCCGAUACCUGUUCGAGUUUGAUCGUGCUAUCCAAUGCCCAAGCUGGGGUUAUCCAACAGAACAGGCGUAUUACCGAGAUGCAUCCUCCACAGACUCGAUACUUGCAAUUCGAAUCCCGUUUCUAGCAAUCAGCGCUGAGGACGAUCCUAUCGUGGCAAACGGAGCAAUUCCUCGUGGGGAAUUUAUGCAAACACCAUACGGUGUGCUCUGCACGACAAGUCUGGGUGGUCACCUAAGCUGGUUCGAACUGGGUGGUGGUAGAUGGAUGGCUAGAGCGACCGAAGCCUUUUUCCAGAAGAUAGCCAGAGAGGUCGAUUUCGACCAUUAUUCGAGAUCUCAUCCUUUGCCAGAAGGCGAAAUCAGGAGAUUCAAGCGGGAGCCAUUAAGACCUUGGUUUGAUCCGAUGCGCAGAAAGAUGCAUAUAGAGGACGUAUCGUGA